CAGUGGAGCGAGCCAGCCUUCGUCUGCGCCAUGACAAACAGCUGACUCAAAACACAAAGAAUCGCUGCUAAUUUCCUCCUCCGCCUCUCCCGCGCCUUGUCCUCCUGCAGCGUGCGUGUGUGUGUGCUGGGAGAGCUGGUGGGAGUGCUGGGAGAGGCGUGGGAGAGUGGGUAGUGGUGCAGUGACCCGUGUUUGCCAUGUUGACCAAGGUGUUCUCGGAUGACGAGGCGCUGAUCAACAAGAAGGUGCCUCGGGAGCUUCUACUGCAAGUGUUCUCCUACCUGGACGUGGUGUCACUGUGCCGCUGUGCCCAAGUGUCAAACUACUGGCAUGUCCUGGCACUCGAUGGCUCCAACUGGCAGAGAAUUGACCUUUUUAACUUCCAGACUGACAUUGAGGGGCGUGUUGUGGAGAACAUAGGGCGUCGAUGUGGGGGUUUCCUGAAGCAGCUGUCUCUUCGAGGGUGCCAGAGUGUGAAUGAUGGUGCCCUGGUCACCUUCGCAGAGAUGUGCAACAAUAUAGAGAAGCUGAAUUUGAAUUACUGCAAGAACAUCUCCGACAAAACCUGCACAGCGCUGAGCAGACACUGUCCUCGGCUGGUGCACCUUGAGCUGGAUUCCUGUGCCCAGAUUGGUGACAACUCCCUCAAGGCGCUCAGUGACGGCUGCCCCAACCUGGAGUGGAUUAAUGUGUCUUGGUGCGAGCUCAUCACUCAGAACGGAGUCGAUGCACUGGCCCACGGAUGUCCCAAGCUAAAGGGUUUUGUGGGAAAAGGUCUUAAGGCACUGACAGACCCUGCCCUGCUGUCCCUGGCUCAAUACUGCAAGGGCCUUCAACACAUUAACCUCUGCAGCUGCUCAGCCAUCAGCGACCGGGGGGUGGUGGCGCUGGCGGAGAGCUGCUCAAUGGUGCGUUACCUGUGUUUGAGCAACUGUCUACACCUCACCGACACAAGCCUAGUGGUGUUGUCACAGCACUGCACACACCUGGAGACUUUGGAGGUGGCAGCGUGUUCACAAUUCACCGAUAAUGGAUUCCAGGCAUUGGCUAGGACUUGCCACAUGCUGGAGAAGAUCGACCUUGAAGAUUGUGUCCUAAUUACUGAUGUCACUCUCAACCACCUCGCCUCAGGAUGCCCUCGACUCGAAAAGCUGAGCCUAUCCCACUGCGAGCUGAUCACAGACGAGGGCAUCCGGCACUUAGGGGUCUCGGCAUGUAGCACAGAGCACCUCUCAGUUCUGGAGCUGGACAACUGCCCCCUCAUCACUGACCAAGCCCUCGAACACCUCCAUUCCUGCCACAACCUCCAUCGAAUUGAGCUUUAUGACUGUCAGCUCAUCACCCGCGCUGGGAUCAAGAAGCUCAAGAGCAACCUUCCAAACAUCAAGGUGCACGCAUACUUCGCCCCACAGACGCCACAGCCCGCCGAGGGACGCACCAGACAACGCUACUGCCGCUGCUGUGUUAUUCUCUGAGCCUCACAACCCCCACCAGCCCCUCCACACAUCCACUAGCCCCUCCAUACCCCCAUUAGCCCCUCCACCCGUCACUAGCCCCACCACCACCACUACCACAAGCAUUCAGCCCACACACCCCCUUCUACACCCCUCACACCAAAACAAAUGGUUUAUUUUGAGAUUUUUCUCCAUCUUUCCUACGUUUUAUGCCUAAAAUACCACAAUAGUACCUCAAAAACACAAUAUUAGGGUUUUUUUUUUUUUUUUAUUAUUUGAUUUCACCUCCCCCUGUGGUCUCUUCUUCCCUCCUCUACCCAUCGCCCCCAUACGAAGGGUCUAUAAGUGGUGGUGGUGGUGGUGGUGGUGGUGUUGGUGGUGGCAUUGAGAGAGAGUUCAGAUCUCAAAAUGUAAACAAAAAGGAGAUUAUAGGAGGGUGUUUCUCUCUCUCUCUCUCUCUCUCUCUCUCUCUCUCUCUCUCUCUCUCUCUCUCUCUCUCUCUCUCUCUCUCUCUCUCUCUCGAUGUCAUAGAGUUUAGUUUUGAUACAUGAAUGAACUUAACUUGGUCUUUGUGGGUUUGCAAGGAACAAAAUGUGUAAAGAGAGAAUGAUGAUAAUGACUGCUUUCUCUCUCUCUCUCUCUCUCUCUCUCUCUCUCUCUCUCUCUCUCUCUCUCUCUCUCUCUCUCUCUCUCUCUCUCUCUCUCUCUCUCAUACAUACAUUCUUUUAUAUAUGUAAAUAAAACUAUAUAGACACACAAACACACACACACACACACACUCGGCCCACAUUCAUCAGUAACUUGUUCAUCCAGAUUUUGGUUUAUCUAGAUCAUUUAAUAAUUGAGGUCCGGACGGCCAACAAAUGCAUUCAAACAACCCACGCCUCACACGGUUCUCCAGAAAUGGCCUGGCUGGUGAACACUGAACAGGGUCUAUUAUUUGGUAGCAGUGAAGAAAAUUGUGCAUUUCUCAGAACCUUGCAACUCUUGUGCUGGAAUUAAGAAGAUUAGGGAAAGGCAGUAGAGUGCGUUGUAUGUGUGUGUGUUUAUGAGGAGUGUGGUGUGGCGAAACAAACAGUGUCGGCCAUUACCAAAUUGAAAGAUAAAGAAAUACUGGGCCAUGUUUUUACCUUGAGAUUUGUAUACCAUUAGACCAUUUUAUUGACAUUAACAAGUGUCUAUGGAGGGCAGAAGACUAAUGGCCAGACUCGUCACUAUUUUAAUUGAGUUUUGUGUACCAUUAGACCAUUUGAUUGACAACGAAAAAUUUAAGGAGUGGAAAAGAAGUUACACUAGAGACAGCCGUUAAAAGGAUGGCAUAGAAAUUGAUAGAGUUUCAGGAGGAAGAAUGGGUGGCUGCGGUGAUUCUGCUGCGGACAUUGGCGUUUCAUAUGUCGAUAGGUAGUGUUGAGGUGAAGGUGGUGAGGUGGACGCAGCCAGCACACCAUGACACGGCUCCAUGUUGUGGUAGGGGCCGAUACUGUACGUCAUGACUACCAAGUUCUGUGUGUGUGUGUGUGUGUGUGUGAGUGUUGGGGUGUUAGUUAGUUAGUUUCAGUGUUAGGGUAACUGAGAUUGAUUUUGUUUUGCUUUAGUUGGCCGGAGAAAAAAACAAACAGCAAUAUUUGGCAAACGAAGGCCCCGUUUGAGUUACGCGGACCACUGCCUCCACCAUUUUGUCUGGAAAAAUGAGGGUCGAGUGUGUGUGUGUGUGUGUGUGUGUGUGUGUGUGUGUGUGUGUGUGUGUGUGUAUAUAUAAUGAAAGAAAGAAGAAUGUGUUAUUACUGUUAAUAUUAU